AUGGACCACAUUACCCCCUCCCCGAACUACCACUUGUCUGGUGACAGCAUCCAGACGGAAAACCAUCACGGCCAGGAGAGACUUCCCUUCCUGGUCACGUCUGACAGAGUUCAGUGUGACAAAGAGCCAGCCUCCGCUGUGCCCCUGUCAACCAGGGAGGCCCCGGACGGCAGGGGAGGGAGAGGGGACGGAGGCGUCCCCCAAGCCCCUCCACCGCCCCAGACAGAAGUCAGCAGCUUCUCGCCGCUGGGGGGCGCAACGGAGCCGCCGCCGUCGCCGGGGGCCGAGAGGGACCCACCUACCCCGCCUGCGCGCAGCAGGUCCCGCGCGCUCCCACUAGGCGGGGGACCCGCGCCAAGGCGCCGGGGACUCUCACACGACGAGAGGGAGACGGCCCGGGACUCCCAGAGCCCUGGGAGUAGCGUUGACGGGGGCGAAGGGAGUCGCCCUGACUCCUCCCCAAACUUUUCCCGCCCGCCUCGGCGCGAAAGGCGAAGGAAGCAGUCCCGGGGUGGGGAGGUGGAAUCCGAGAUCCAGGGCGGGCCGGGGCAGGCGGGAAGUCGGCCCCGGUGCGAUCUGGCGGAGGAACAGUGGAUUUUCCGCAGGGAGGGGGCCUCUCCCUGCCCCCCCAGCCCCAAUCGCAGGGAUCUCCCUGCGUCGGGUACUUGCAGGGGCUCACGCCCCCCGCUGUCCCGGCUCUCGCUGCCCGGAGCCCCCCGCCCCGACCUGCGCGCGGCUCCCAGGCGCGCCCCCGACUCACCGGACGCGGGUGGCUGGACCGACCGACGGGCUGGGGCGCGAGGCGAGGCCGCCGGGCUGUUUUGA